AUGUUUUCCUCUCGGGUAGCGUACCGCUCAUUGCUGGCGGCCACCAGGACGCCGCGGCAUAUCGCCUUCCCAAGAGAGAUCCAAAACCCAUGCUUACAGCCUAAGACUAAGAGACUUUAUUCAAGUGAACCUAACCGUCCUUCUGAAUCGGGAGCUGGUCAACAAUCACAAUUCCCUCCUCCUCCUCCACCACCACCACCACCAGGGCAAGAUGCUCAGCAACCCCUUAUCUCCAAGAUGGUGGAAUCCGCCGCCACCUCGCUUGCUUCAAUCUUGGUUCUUGGUGUCGGUUUCGGCUUAGCAGCGUACGCAUAUCAUAAGUCGUACAAGUACAUGGUGCUCCACAAGAUGUCCAAUGCCUUUGAGCCUGGUGACCCCGUCCUAGAUCUCGCGGCCAUCGGCAAAGAUCUCCCUCUCCACCACACAGCCGCAGCCACUCACUGGGUCGAGCGGCCGGAGCAAGCCAUUGUUGACGCUAUCGUGUCCGGCCACAGUGGGGGGCACUACCACCUCUUUAUCGGAGAGAAAGGCACCGGUAAGAGCAGCAUGCUCCUCGAAGCAAUGCGGAAAAUCGACGGCGACGGCGUGGCCAUGUUUGAAGCGCAUGCCGAUCUGGAAAUCUUCCGGAUCCGUCUCGGCAAAGCGCUGGAUUACGAAUUCCACGAGGAUUAUAUCGGCGGGUAUUUCAGCGAACGUGGGCCGCGCGACACCACCGCGCUCCUCGACAUUGAGCGUGCGCUCAACAAGCUCGAGAAAGUCGCACUACAGCGGCGGAAGCACGUUGGGAAGCCGCUUAUCCUCAUCAUCAACCAAAUGCACCUAAUCCGCGAUGACGACGACGGCAAAGAUCUCUUUGAGCUACUGCAGCAACGCGCUGAGCAGUGGGCCGCCGCCGAUCUAGUCACCAUGAUCUUCAACAGCGAUGACUACUGGGUCUACGAACGGCUGAAGCAGUUGGCUACCCGCAUGGACGUUCUCACCAUCCUCGAUCUGCCCAAAUCGCAAGCGACAGCAGCGCUGAAGAACUAUCGCCAACGGUACUUCCACGAGCACCCAUCAUCGGAGAUUCUGGAACAAGUUUACGACCGCGUGGGUGGGCGACUUAACUUUCUGAAACGCGUUGCCAAGAGCCAUGACAUGCUGGAGGCAUGCGAUCGCAUCAAAGAGAUGGAGAAGACGUGGUUCCUGAACCAAUGUUGGAUUCUAGGCCCAGAAAUGGAUGAUGACGUGAUGGAUCAGCAGAAGUGGGCGGCCGCAGCCGUCGUCCUCGCCACAGCGCUCGUAGACAAAGAAAAAGAAAUGGAAACCACCUACGACCCCGUCGUCGGCCACGUCCUGCCCUCCUUCCCCCUCUUCCAAGCCCAAGAGAUCAUGACCCGCGUCGACUUCGUCCGCGCCUUCGACCGGCUCAACCUCUUCAGCAUCACCAGCGACGCACACGUCCGCGCCAGCUCGGUACCCAUGCACUUGGCCUUCCAGGAGAUUGUCGCGCAGCCGGGCUUCCGCGAACAUCUGCAGGGCACGAUUGACCGGAUUGCGGCCAUUGAGAGUCUCGGCCGAACGAGGGAACUGGUGGCGAAGGAUUUGGUGCUGGGUGGGAAAUACGAGAUUCGGAAAGUACCUGGGGGUAUCGACGUGACGUUGCAAGAGAAGGAAGAAGAAGGGGAGAAGGAGAAUGGGCAGGGUGAUGGGAAGAAUUGA